AUGCUGGUUCCAGAUUUGCCGCGGUGGUUGAUCUUUUCGGCAAUAUCGUCGUUUCUAUGCAUUUUGGGCAGUUGCUGUGUGCCGUUAUUCUCCAUGAUGUUUCGUAAACGUUCUCAAAUGAACUCCAGGCUACUCAACUAUGGUCUAUCUUUGAGUGCAGGUUCUAUGCUGGCUACAAGUCUUUACAAAAUGCUCCCCACCAUGGAAACGAAACAUAAAUGGAAAAUUUUCUUGGGUUUUGUUAUCGGCGUUACCUUAAGCUUCAUAUUGAACUUUGUGGUGCACGCUUACACCAGUGAAAGUUUGAUUCAUUGUAGCCACGGUUCGGACGAAGAUGAAUCGAUGCAUACCCACGAAGGCGUGGGAACUGAUGGCCAAAUUGGCGUCGAGCCUAACACGCAGCUCGAACUAGAUCCGCCAGAAACAAGUGAUCAAGGCCACGCUGAGCAUCGUGGAACUAAUGGCCAUCGCGACGACUCAAAAAUACUUCAAAGAUCGCUGCUUAGUCCCGCCAACUCAACGACGCUGCGUCAAAAACGUUCCCUGAUAGACUUUCUCGCUCGAAAACCGUCGAAUGCGGGCAAUUGUUAUGGUUCAAUGUACUGCGACACAGACAUGAAGCCAUCACGCUCAACAGAUCCUGGUCGCACCAAAGUGACAUGUCAAAAAGAUGUCACAAAGGAUGCACUCAACUGUCCUGAAAACGCCAUAGGCUAUGAUCUGGAGAAUUUGUCGGUUUACCGUGCUAAUUACUAUUUACACAGGAAGUCUCCUAACGAGGACUCCCAUCAUCGUGGUUCCGAAGACUCCUCUUCGUCACCAGAAAAUAGUGUCGCGGGAAAUGACCACGACCACCACCAUCACAUUGCCACUCCAUUUUCCAAGCUUCUUUCCAUUGGCAUCCAGACGUGCCUGGUUAUCUCGCUCCAUAAAUUUCCAGAAGGAUUCAUCGUAUUUUUCACCAAUAAUAACGAGGAUGACUCGAGGUCAUUCGGAAUAUCCAUCUUUUUAAGUUUAGCCAUCCACAAUUUUACGGAAGGCUUUGCAAUGACGCUACCGUUGUAUGCCGCCUUCCGGACAAAGUGGCAUGCAAUCCUUCUUACUGCUAUCUUGGGGGGUGGCUCUCAACCUUUGGGCGCUCUGAUGGGAUACUUGAUAUUCAAACAAACGGGCUCGCAAGAAAUUAAUAUCGAAUUUCUGCUUAGUGUGACGUCAGGUUUCUUGUUUGUCAUAGCCCUUCAAAUGUUUCAAACAGCUAUUGGAUUUAGUGAUUCGCACCAUCAUCAUGAAGUCAACGAGCUUGAUGAGGAGGACCAACCCCACACCCUUGCUACGGUAUGCUUGCAAUGGUGUUGUUUAGGUGCAUUUUUGGUCUUGGCAACGGGCCUUUUCACUUGA